UUAUUGGGAACCCACAUUGCCUGUUAACCUAUGGCGUGGUGGCUGUGGCUGUUGGUGCAGUUGGUGGUGUGGUGCUGUGCCGGCUUGGUGGCGGUGUUGUGGUGGAAGUGGACCACCAAGCCCCACAUCGACGCUCCAGGGCCGCCUACGCUGCCCAUCAUUGGGAACAUUCUGGACUUACUCGACAUGCCGUUGACCCUCCGUAAGAUGUUCGACCUCCACCGGCAGUAUGGGGACUUGACAAGGCUUUAUGUGGGCCCAAUGUUGGUGGUAUUGGUGGCGCACCCAGACGAUGUGCAGCACAUCCUGCUGACGUCAAAGCUGGUAGACCGUGGUGCCAUCUGCACCAAUGCCAUGCGGAUGUUCGGCGGCGACGGGUUAGUCACCAUCGAUGCCAGCCGGUGGAAGGUGCACCGGAAACUCAUAAACCCGACGUUCCACUCUGAGAUUCUGAAGGGAUUUCUGGAGGCUUUCCACGAUGGUGGUCUCUUCGUGUGCGAGCGGCUCGCCAGGACCAGAGGUGCAGCUACUGAGGUUCACCCUCCAAUGUUGCUGGCAACCAUCCGCAACUUCAUCAGCACUAUCAUCGGCGUGAACCCUGACCUUCUCAUGCCAGACGCCUUAGCAGAGGAGGAGCUCUCUGCUACAAUGAGCUAUGCUGUGAGCAUUGUGCAGAAGAUGGUAUUCCGGCCAUGGAUGCAGAGCAAGUUCCUGCUGCAGCUCACCUCCAAAGGACGUGGUCUGCUCAGGUUCGUGAAAAUGCUGAACAACUUUCCGCUGAAGUGCAUCGCCAUCAGGUCGGCAGCCACAGAGGACGGACCUACCAAGACACGCCAGAGCCUGCUGGAAGCUCUGAUCAAGCCAGGCGGGCAGACUGCGGUACCACUCGACGAGGUUCAGGGCGAACUCAUGAAUCUGCUGAUGGCCGGCACGGAGACGACGGCUGUGACUAUCAGCUAUGUUCUGCCACUGCUCGCCCUCCACCCUGAGUGGCAGGAUGCAGCCCACCAGGAGCUGAAGGACGUCUUCGGCGAGGGUGACGACUACCUGCGGGCCCCCAGCCUUGCAGACCUAGGCAGACUCAGGGCGCUGGAAAGUAUCAUCAAGGAGACACUGCGAUUGUUCCCAACCGUCCCGAUGCUUCCUCGGGUGGCCACAGAAGACAUCUGGCUGUCUGGAGGCUCUGCAGAGCGGGUGUCAGUUCCUAAGGGUACCCUGCUUUUUGUGCUACCCUUCCUCACACACCGCCUGCCGCAGUUCUUCCAGGACCCACAGCGGUUCGACCCUUCGCGCUUCCUGGAGGACCGUGUCGGCAAGGAACAUGCGUGCAGCUACCUGCCAUUUGGGUUGGGCGCGCGCAACUGCGUGGGCUCUCAGUACGCCAGCCUGCAGCUCAAAGUCUACCUGGCAGACAUACUGAGGCGCUUCCGUUUCCUGCCAUGUAACCGUCGCGAGGACCUGGAGGACAGUGCGCUCUCCUUCAGCCUCAGCCCCAUCAAGCCAUUCAGAGUGUCGUGCGUACCCGUGGAUGGUCCUAAGGCAUAGGACCACUCUCAACAUUACUGAUCAUCAUAUUGGCCAAUGUCCUGAGACAGUUUUCAUUCCUGUCAUAAAGCUCCUGACAAUAACAACACUCACUCUGUCAGUGAACACACUGUCAAGAGGAGGAUGGUCUAUUGCAAGCCUCAGCAUGGUUCCAGCCCAUUUGGCCACCCUCGUCAUUGCUGAAAAUUAAGAUCUUCCAGGCCAUUAUCCUGAGAUGCUUUACCUUCCUGUUGCACAGCUACAUGUAUCACCGUAAUCCACCUCCAGAAACUGAACAUACAAUAACAUUGAAAUCAAAAUAAUAAUCCAAAUACAUUGGGACCUGUAAUAAAUUACUGUAUAUUGGACGCUCCAGUAACUUUAGUCCUAACUGUUUCCAAGAUCGUGUGUACAGUGAAGUAUGGUCGACGACAUGUUUGUCUUCUUAGCUUUGCGAAGCUCUGCUAACUUGCGAACAUUUUGAUUUUUCUGUUUUUCUGUGUUCAAUUUUUGUAGGUAGUACUUAGGUGGUUUAGAGAUGGUUGCUGGCAGCCUGUAAAAUUUUUUGUUCAGAGUUGUAAUGUUGUUUACAGCCAAU